UUCGACAGCUGGAGAAGGAGACCGGGUUGUGCUCCUGAGCGCGGAAGGAGAAAGGGGCGGGGCCGGCGGACAGUGUGUGAAGGUGCCGAGCUCUCGCGGCCGGCCGGCGCGCGGGCGUGUGUGGCCCUAGCCGUCGCAGUGGCCGUCGCCGUCCUUUGGUCCCCGUCGGUCUGCGGGAGGCGGGUUAUGGCGGCGGCGGCAGUGGGAGUUGUGAAUGAAUUCUCCGGGUGGACGAGGGAAAAAGAAAGGCUCCGGCGGCCCCAGCAGCCCGGUGCCUCCCAGGCCUCCGCCUCCCUGCCUGGCCCCCGCCCCUCCCGCCGCCGGGCGGGCCCCUGCGCGCGAGUCGCCGCAUAAGCAGAACCUGUACUACUUCUCCUACCCGCUCUUCGUAGGCUUCGCGCUGCUGCGUCUGGUCGCCUUCCACCUGGGGCUCCUCUUCGUGUGGCUUUGCCAGCGCUUCUCCCGCGCCCUCAUGGCAGCCAAGAGGAGCUCCCGGGCCGCUCCGACACCGUCUUCGGCCUCGCCCCCGGCGCCGGUGCCAGGCGGUGAGACCGAGAGCGUCCGAGCCUUCCACAAACAGGCCUUCGAGUACAUCUCCAUUGCCCUGCGCAUCGACGAGGAUGAGAAAGCAGGACAGAAGGAGCAAGCUGUGGAAUGGUAUAAGAAAGGUAUUGAAGAACUAGAAAAAGGAAUAGCGGUCAUAAUUACAGGACAAGGUGAACAAUGUGAAAGAGCUAGACGCCUUCAAGCUAAAAUGAUGACUAAUUUGGUUAUGGCUAAGGACCGUUUACAGCUUCUAGAGAAGCUGCAACCAGUUUUGUCAUUUACCAAGUCACAACCGGAGGUCUAUAAUGACAGUACUAACUUGACAUGCCGCAAUGGACAUCUUCAGUCAGAAAGUGGAGCUAUUCCAAAAAGAAAAGAUCCCUUAACACACACUAGUAACUCACUGCCUCGUUCAAAAACAGUUAUGAAAACUGGAUCCACAGGUCUUUCAGGCCACCACAGAGCACCUAGUUUCAGUGGUUUAUCCAUGGUUUCUGGAGUGAGACAGGCACCUGGGCCUACAAUUACUACUCAUAAGGGUACUCCAAAAACAAAUAGAACAAAUAAACCUUCUACUCCUACAACUGCUGCGCGAAAGAAGAAAGACUUGAAGAAUUUUAGAAAUGUGGACAGCAACCUUGCUAACCUUAUAAUGAACGAAAUUGUGGACAAUGGAACAGCUGUUAAAUUUGACGAUAUAGCUGGUCAAGAGUUGGCAAAACAAGCAUUACAAGAAAUUGUUAUUCUUCCUUCUCUGAGGCCUGAGUUAUUCACAGGGCUUCGAGCUCCUGCCAGAGGAUUACUACUCUUUGGUCCACCUGGAAAUGGGAAGACAAUGCUAGCUAAAGCAGUAGCUGCAGAAUCUAAUGCAACCUUCUUUAAUAUAAGUGCUGCAAGCUUAACUUCAAAAUAUGUGGGAGAAGGAGAGAAAUUGGUGAGAGCUCUUUUUGCUGUGGCUCGAGAACUUCAACCUUCUAUAAUUUUUAUAGAUGAAGUUGAUAGCCUUUUGUGUGAAAGAAGAGAAGGGGAGCAUGAUGCUAGUAGACGUCUAAAAACUGAAUUUCUCAUAGAGUUUGAUGGUGUUCAGUCUGCUGGAGAUGACAGAGUACUCGUAAUGGGUGCAACGAAUAGGCCGCAAGAACUUGACGAGGCUGUUCUCAGGCGUUUCAUCAAACGGGUAUAUGUAUCUUUACCAAAUGAGGAGACAAGACUACUUUUACUUAAAAAUCUAUUAUGUAAACAAGGAAGCCCAUUGACCCAAAAAGAACUAGCACAACUUGCUAGAAUGACUGAUGGAUACUCAGGAAGUGAUCUAACAGCUUUGGCAAAAGAUGCAGCACUGGGUCCUAUCCGAGAACUGAAACCAGAACAAGUGAAAAACAUGUCUGCCAGUGAGAUGAGAAAUAUUCGAUUAUCUGACUUCACUGAAUCCUUGAAAAAGAUCAAACGCAGCGUGAGCCCUCAAACCUUAGAAGCAUACAUACGUUGGAACAAGGACUUUGGAGAUACCACCGUUUAAGGGUAUACCUUUGUUAGCCUGCAGAACAUUUUACUUAAUAGGAGAGCAAUGCACAUUCUUCAGUGAACAAUUACUAGCUACAGAAACUCAGCCUAAGUUUACAGGAUUUUUCAGAGUCUUACAUAUUUGUGCACCAACCUUGAACCAGAUAACAAAUUUAAAUAAAAGAUACAAUGCGAAUGGAAUAUUUUGUUUGUGAAGGCCUUCUUGCCUUGAUGGUCAUGGGUAUCCCAGUGACUACUGUAAAUUCGAGCACAACACAAACGGAUUCUGGUCGUCUUUACCAAUAUAAUCAUAAUGUAAAUAAUUUGUAUAUUGUGUUGCAGAUGAAAGUAUUCCAGAGACAGUGAAUGGUAGAAGACACAAGAAGCUUUGGUUGUUUGUCUUCUUGCGGUUUUUUUUUUUUCCUGCUUUACUUUCCUACUUUUGUCUUAACUAUGGGUGAUUAGAAUGCCCAAACACCAUUAAGUUUCUAGCUUCUUUUUUGUUUGUUUUAAUACAUUUAUUGUGCCAAAUGAAAUUUUUUCCUAAGUAACAGUAAUAGGAAAAAAUUAUUUUGAGGGUUUUUCUUCAUAAAUCUGUAGACAUUAGAUAAUUGUCCUGUUCUUUUCACUUUUUAUUUUUCUAUUACCUUGCUACCAAACACUUUAGAAAGCAAUAUAAUAGCAACAAUGUAAUGGUAGAAUAGAGAAGGUUUGAAGGGUUGAGUUACUCUGUAACAUAACAUGUAGAUCUGUCCUCAUGUGACCUGUAUUUUUUUCUAAUAUAUUUGUCAAAAAUC